CGCCGGGCUGCGGCGCAGAGCGGGCAGCAGGCGGGCGCUGGGACAGCUUCUUCUCCUCCUGCUCCUCGGGCUUCUCCAGCUCUUGCUACAGCUCCCGCUUCUUCGCCCAGAGUGACUGCCCACUCGCCGAAUCGUGUGCCAGCGCCGAGGCAACCUCGCCUCACCCCAGCCCGUCCCGCUGGGCACUCGGAGGGCGGCGUACCCGAAGCCAAAGUUGCUCCACACGGCCGGGCGGGCGAGCUCAGGCUGCAGCGACCCCGCCAGCGGCGUGUACCGCAACUUUGGAGAGGCGAAAGCAGCCCGGCAGCGGCAGCGGCAAUGACUCCCUGGCUCGGGCUUGUCGUGCUCCUGGGCAGCUGGAGUCUGGGGGACUGGGGCGCCGAGGCGUGCACAUGCUCGCCCAGUCACCCCCAGGACGCCUUCUGCAACUCUGACAUCGUGAUCCGGGCCAAGGUGGUGGGGAAGAAGCUGGUGAAGGAGGGGCCCUUUGGCACACUGGUCUACACCAUCAAGCAGAUGAAGAUGUACCGAGGCUUCACCAAGAUGCCCCAUGUGCAGUAUAUCCACACAGAAGCUUCUGAAAGUCUCUGUGGCCUUAAGCUAGAAGUCAACAAGUACCAGUACCUGCUGACAGGCCGUGUCUAUGAUGGCAAGAUGUACACAGGAUUGUGCAACUUUGUGGAGAGAUGGGACCAGCUCACCCUCUCCCAGCGCAAGGGGCUGAACUAUCGAUAUCAUCUGGGUUGUAACUGCAAGAUUAAAUCCUGCUACUACCUGCCUUGCUUUGUGACCUCCAAGAAUGAGUGUCUCUGGACAGACAUGCUCUCCAAUUUCGGCUACCCGGGCUACCAGUCCAAACACUAUGCCUGCAUCCGGCAGAAGGGUGGCUAUUGCAGCUGGUACCGAGGAUGGGCCCCCCCGGACAAAAGCAUCAUCAAUGCCACAGACCCCUGAGCGCCAGACCCUGCCCCACCUCACUUCCCUCCCUUCCCACUGAGCUUCCCUUGGACACUAACUCUUCCCAGAUGAUGACAAUGAAAUUAGUGCCUGUUUUCUCGCAAAUUUAGCACUUCGAACACUUAAAGGAAAAUCUGUGCUGUCAUAUGGAGUUUAUUUGGAACCAUCCUCCUGCCCCCCCCUUCCCCUUCUUUUUGGUUUUGACAUCACCUGUUUCUACCUGGGAAUUUUUGGUGCCAUGCCAGAAAGAAUGAGGAAUGUAUACUCCUCUUCUUCGUGAUAAUAUAAUCUAUAUUUUUUUAGGAAAACGAAAAUUGAAAAACUGUCCCAUUUGGGCAUUGUAAUACUACUCCUCUUUCUUCUUCCCCAACUCACCAUCUCCCAGGCCCUCCUCCCUUUGCCCUUCUCUUCCCUCUUCCCCAGUACAUAAAGGACACAGACAAGGAAGCUGCUGAAAAGCCAACUAUUUCGAAUCAGUCAAGGGCAGCAAGCAGAUAGACUCAAGGUACGCAGAAGAUCUUAUACACCAAGGAGAUGCUACCGCAGGUCCCAGCCAGACUUUGGCUAUCUGUGUCUGCAUGGGAGAGUGAGGGAGGGAAGGAAGGACCUGCAAGAGGGUCUGGAUGACGCAGCACACACACAGUUCCCCCAGCCCAGGGAUGCUUGGGUUGACCAGAUGUUUCUGAGGCUGGAGCAAGCAGCCAGGCCAGAGUAACCGAACUUUCUCAGUUGGUGAAGAUCUAAACAUCUGCCUGAGGUCAGGAGGCAAUUUGCCUGCCUUGUACAAAAGCUCAGGUGAAAGACUGAGAUGAAUGUCUUUCCUCUCCCUGCCUCCCACAAGAUUUCCUCCUGGAAAACUCUGGGAGACUUGGCCAGGAGCUUGCCUUUAUGUAAAUUGGAGAAAUAUACACACCGUACACUAUCCACAGAUAUAGCCAAGUAGAUUUGGGUAGAGAAUACUAUUUCCAAAGUAGCGUUUAGCUCACCUAGGGGGGACGUGUUUGCAUACACAUUUGCAUAUACCCAUGUGGGGACAUAAGCUAAUUUUUUUACAGGACACAGAAUUCUGUUCAAUGCUGUUAAAUAUGCCAAUAGUUUAGUCUCUUCUAUUUUGUUGUCAUUGCUUGUUUGAAGAAAAUCAUGACAUUCCAAGUUGACUUUUUUCAUUUUAAUUAAAAUUUGAAAUACUGAGCACCCUCAGCAUCCCUCUAAUUGGGGUCAUCUGACCUCUAUCCCUCUUCUGCUUCAUGUUGGGGCCUUCAUUUAACUGCCUUACUGGCUUGGCUCAGAUGGGAGAUGAGAGUUAGUAUGGGUCAGGGGUCUGGGCGCAAGAAGAAAAGCUGCAAUGUCCUGUCUUAGAUGGCCACCUUUCCUAGGUUUGGGGACAACUUGCUUCCUUCCUCCAGCUUAUUGGUGAGUGAAUGCCACCAUCUGAGGUCCUCGCCUCCUAGAAUUAAAAUUGGUGGUCACUGAGAAAGCCUGACUCUGCAAUCCACUAUAGGGUUUUUGCUGUGUUUUUGAAAUAAAACUAUAAUAUAAAUUCUCUGAUUAAAUAAAAUUACUUUAAGUUUUAGUGUUGAAAGUGAGAUGCCAAGAGUAAGUGAUAAUGUAUAUUUUACAGAAUUGGAGAUGGUAGGAUGGUUAACAUUUAACAUGAUUGCUUUGUCUCUCUUUUCAAAUUAUGGGUAUUUAUCCUCUAUUAGUAUUUGCAUCUUCAGUUCAUUCCACUUUAGGAAACAGAGCUGUCAAUUGAAACAAGAGGAAAAAAAAGCAAACAACACAUUGUACUGUCUUGCACACACACACAAAUGCCCAGGCAAAGUGUUGGCAGAACUCCAGAGUGGGAAGGCAGUAGAGGCAUCUGGUUUCCUUAGGAUCAAUUUCAUUACCUAGUACCUUUCAUCAUGUGGUUGUGACAUGUGGCAUACAGGAAAUGAGAUGCUUUGUCCUCUCAGUGGGGCAGUGUAAGCAGAAGGAGCUGAGGUGAUCAGGCCAGUGCUUUUUAAGGGGUGAGCCCCAGAUCUGGUGUUUUAAGAUUUUCUUUAUUUGAACCUCAGAGUCCUACAAGGUAGAAUCCCUGACCCAACCUGCACAAAUGCCCCCUCCCCCCGACAACUGGACAUCAGUGUGACCUCCAUGAGGCAUCUGGUUAUUCUUGGUUGCUGGUGGGGUCAACUCCACUCACACAAGGAGGGGCUUGGGGUGAGGCCUGAGUAUGAAUCAUCUGAAGUUUCCUUGCUGAAAAGUUGGUGGAACCAUAGCCCCAUCUGCCAGGCCCUGGCAAGGAGAACAGCAGGUCCUGGGCCUAAAGAAGGGUCCUUUGCAAAGUGAUGUUGUCAGAGGGCGGUUUUUGAGCUUUCUAUAAGCUAUAGCUUUGUUUAUUUCACCUGUUCACUUACUGUAUAAUUUAAAGUCAUUUAUGUAGCUGAGACACUUCUGUAUUUCAUUCAUAUCGUGAACGUUUUAUUUUGCUAAAUCUUAUGUCAUGUGUAGGCUGUAAUAUGUGUACAUUGUGUUUAAGAGAAAAAAAAAUGAAACCCACAUGCCGCCAUUUUCCUGAAUCAAAUUCUACAAUGGAAUGGAGGGUAAAUACUUCUACUGUGCAGGCAGCCAGACUGGCAAAUUGGAGAAACUAGAAGGAACUAGCCCCUGAGACUCCUCCAGCCUCCUUCCUAUUGGCAUCCUUGUGUUUUCUGGAGUAGGAAGGAGGAGGGAAACAAGAGCAAGUACAUUCACAUCCUUGCUCUGCAUCAACUGGCCCUGGGCAGUCUGCUGGGCAUUCCCAUCCUUUUUCCCCCAUCUGUUUGCCCACCCCACUGGGAAGCCAUGAUUUCUCCUAACAGUCCAGGGCCAUGGGAGCUGUUAUUCCAAGAGCCCUUGGCCUCCUCUGGCCAUCUCGUCUGCCUCCCGAUCCAGGAAGCACCACACCCAUGCUCUCACUACUCAGGCCAGUGCUCCAUUUGGCCAGGGUGGAUAAGAAUUCUGUGCUUUAUUCUGACCCAGCCCCAGCCCCAACAUCACAAUGGUCAAGGUACAGCCCAUGAGCACCAUCUUUCAUACCAUGGUUCUUGAGCAGUUAAAAAACAAAUGACUUGCUGGAACAGCUGUCUCAGAGACACUGUGGUCCCUAGGAGACAAGACUCUCCCUGAUCCUGCCUUUUGUCAUGUGUUUGCCAAUCAACAAUACGGAUUACCCCAAAAUGACGCCCAAGUAUUUGGCUCCUGGCUGCUAAAGUAAAAAUAUCACUGAAAUAAUUUUACACAGGAAAAACACUUAAAAAUCUGAUGGCAAAAGCAAAAAAAAUAGGGGCAGUGCUGGGGGAUGGAUACUAAUAACUUCCAAAUUGGCUCUUGCUUGGGAAGCAUGAGGAGGACUCAUCCUCCAAGGGGCGAGGCUUCGUAAAUCCCCUUAUGUCCCCACCUUCCUCCUCAGCCAGUCUGCUGUCCUGAGACCCAGAAGUGAAGGAGAGAAACCAACCAGAGAAAACCCUGUCUGGAAGGAAUGUAUUUGUUGCUAAAUUUUGUAGCACUGUUUACAGUUUUCCUCCAUGUUAUUUAUGAAUUUUAUAUUCCGUGAAUGUAUAUUGUCUUGUAAUGUUGCAUAAUGUUCACUUUUUAUAGUGUGUCCUUUAUUCUAAACAGUAAAGUGGUUUUAUUUCUAUCACAUA